AUGGAAGGCUCACCGGACAUCAAUACGGUCCUCACCAAUUCGCUGAGUCCCGACGCGACUCUGCGAAAUGCCGCCGAACAGCAACUCACCCAAGCCGCCGAAACAAACUUUUCACAAUACCUCGUCACACUUGUCCAGGAGUUGGCGAAUGAGAAUGCCCAAGGCCACGUUCGAGCCGCUGCUGGUCUCGCCCUGAAGAACGCUUUUACUGGACGCGAAUUCUCGAGGCAGGCAGUGCUGCAAGCGAAAUGGCUCAACCAGACGGAUCCCGAAACCAAGACGCGCAUCAAGCAACUGGCUCUCGAGACGCUCUCUUCCAGCAAUGCUCAGACAGGCCAGGCAACCGCCCAGGUGGUCGCCGCAAUUGCGGGGAUCGAGCUGCCGCGAAAUCAAUGGCCGGAUCUGAUGCACACGCUCGUUAGAAACGUCAGCGAAGGCACUCCGCAUCAGAAGCAAGCGUCUUUGACCACAAUCGGAUUUAUCUGCGAGAGCCAAGAUCAGGAGCUCAGAAACAGCCUCGUCACCCAUUCCAAUGCGAUCCUUACGGCCGUUGUCCAAGGCGCGAGAAAAGAGGAGACGAAUGGCGACGUUCGUCUAGCUGCUAUCACUGCGCUUGGCGACUCGCUCGAGUUCGUCGGUAACAACUUCAAGCAUGAAGGCGAGCGAAACUACAUCAUGCAGGUUAUCUGCGAAGCGACACAAGCAGAUAACUCCCAAAUACAGCAGGGGGCCUUCGGAUGUCUGAACAGGAUCAUGGCCCUGUAUUACGAGAACAUGCGUUUCUACAUGGAGAAGGCCCUGUUUGGGCUGACUAUUUUGGGCAUGAAGAGCACCGAUGAAGAUGUGGCCAAGCUUGCGGUCGAGUUCUGGAGCACCGUCUGCGAAGAGGAAAUUGCUAUCGAGGACGACAACGCACAGGUCGAGAGCUCCGAGCAGAUGCGUCCCUUCUACAACUUUAGCCGCGUCGCAACGAACGAGGUCGUCCCCGUCCUUCUAGGUCUUCUGACAAAGCAAGACGAGGAUGCGUCCGACGACGAGUACAACAUCUCGCGGGCCGCCUACCAAUGUCUCCAGUUAUAUGCCCAGGCUGUCGGCGCCUCCAUUAUUCCUCCCGUUAUCCAGUUUGUCGAGGCCAACCUGCGCUCCGAAGACUGGCACAACCGGGACGCUGCCGUAUCCGCUUUCGGAGCUAUUAUGGACGGACCGGAUGAGAAGGUCUUGGAGCCCAUAGUCAAGUCCGGCAUGCAGCCGCUGAUUAGCAUGAUGGACGAUCCUUCCGUUCACGUCAAGGACUCGACUGCUUAUGCACUUGGCCGGAUAACCGAGACGUGUUCCGAGGCUAUUGACCCGGUACAGCAUCUCGCGCCUCUUAUCCGGUCGCUAUUUGACGGCUUGAUGAACAACCCCAAAAUGGCGGCUUCGUGCUGCUGGGCGUUGAUGAACCUCGCCGAGCGCUUUGCAGGUGAUCCGGGCGCCGUGCAGAACCCCCUGACUCCGCAUUUCAACCAGAGCGUCAGCAACCUUCUGACGGUGACUGGGAGAAUGGACUGCGAGCCAGCUGUUCGCACAGCCUCCUAUGAGGUUCUCAACGUUUUCGUGCAGAGCUCUGCCAACGAGAGCCUUCCCGCAGUGGCCAGCCUGUCGACGGUCGCCAUUCAACGACUGGAGGAGACACUACCGAUGCAAUCGCAGUGUGUCAGUGUCGAAGAUAAGAUUAUCCUCGAGGAUAUGCAGACAAGUCUCUGCACCGUCUUGCAGGCCAUUAUCCAGCGGCUGGACAAGGAGAUUGCGCCCCAAGGCGAUCGGAUCAUGCAGGUCCUCCUGCAGAUGCUGACUACCGUGGGUGGCAAGUCCAGCGUGCCAGAGUCUGCCUUUGCGACUAUCAGCAGUCUAUCAAACGCAAUGGAGGAUGAUUUUGUCAAGUAUAUGGAUGCAUUCUCCCCGUUCCUUUACAACGCACUUGGCAACCAGGAGGAACCGAGUCUCUGCUCGAUGGCUAUUGGCCUGGUCAGCGACAUCACUCGUUCCAUGGGAGAGCGCAGCCAACCGUACUGCGAUAACUUCAUGAACUACCUCCUCAAUAACCUCAGGAGCACUACCCUUGCCAAUCAGUUCAAGCCUGCCAUUUUGCAAUGCUUUGGCGAUAUUGCCGGUGCCAUUGGUGGCCACUUUGAGACCUAUCUCUCUGUUGUUGCCCAAGUGCUUCAGCAGGCGGCUACUGUCACUGCGACCGCCGAGGGUCCAUAUGAGAUGUUUGACUACGUUGUUUCCCUACGGGAAGGCAUUAUGGAUGCUUGGGGUGGCAUUAUUGGUGCCACGAAGACGAGUGGCAAGACUCAAAUCCUCCAGCAGUUCGUACCGUCAAUCUUCCAACUGCUCAAUAGCAUCUCCAGCGACGUAAACCGUAGCGAGGCGCUGAUGCGGGCAUGCAUGGGUGUUAUCGGCGACCUGGCGGAUGCGUAUCCAGGUGGCGAGCUUGCCGAGGCUUUCCGUCAGGAUUGGGUCACGAUACUCAUUAAGGAAGUGCGGACGAACCGUGACUUCCAGCCUCGCACGAUCGAGACUGCCAGAUGGGCACGCGAACAGGUUAAACGCCAGAUUGGCGGUACCCAAACGGUCAUGCUUCAAACUUGA